GACUCACAUGGAAAAUUGUCAGGUAUCAGACUCACAUGGAAAAUUGUCAGGUCUCAGACUCACAUGGUAAAUUGUCAGGUAUCAGACUCACAUGGUAAAUUGUCAGGUCUCAGAAAAUCUUCCUGCAGGUGGCGCUGUUGUCAUGUCCCAUCCAAAUUGAUUUCCAAAUACGUCAUCAACGUGUGACAGUGGGAGAGCGCAAGGUCAUUGACCUCACCGGAGUUUUACCGCGGUCCAGGCUCCUAACGACACAAGGUAAGUUUAACUUUUUCUCCCUUUUGUUCAUAUUUUUGACACAGUUGUGUGAUAUUAAGUUGCGGUAAUGUUGUGAAAGUUACCUAUCAAAGAAGGAAAUCUAGUUUUGUACGAAACCAAAUCAGCACUAUUCUUGUCUGGCCAAUUCGUUCUAGCUAGCGACAGUGGUGGUGAAACGUGAUUUAAAUUUAAACUGUUUAGUAAUUGUUUUGUAUAUGUUUCAGCAAAUGGACAAGCUGAAAGCUUACGAGCAGCUGAAAAAAGACCUUGAAAAUGGCGAGAUUACCCAAAAAGGCUUUGAUAACAACGUAAAAAAGCUCCUGGUAGCAGAAAAAUCAGAUGACACUCCUUCAACAAGUGGCAAUGAAUUUCUCAGUGCAGCAGAGGCCUUUGGUAAAGCCAAGAAACUACUACAGCCUCAAGUAAAGAAAAGGCAAUUUCCAUUGAAUGAUAAACGUUUGGACCAUGGCAAAUCAUUAUUGAAGGUCAGAAUGGCUCCCAUGGAGUGGAAACCAAGAACUCCGAGAAGGUGUGGACGGUACCAGAAGUUAAUAAUGGACGAAGCUCCACCUCGAAUCAUCCUGCAAGGCCAUGAAACCUAUGAUGAUUUAAUUACCAUAGCCAAAGAACGCUUCUGGCCAGAGCGUACUGAGGGGAGUGAGUUCACUCUUUGUCAUUCUGACGGGACCAGGUGGAGUAAGGAGGAUUUCCACAAAGAAUACAGAACUGUUUCUGAUAUUACACAUCUGUGGAAAAGAACACUAUACAUCGGGCGAAGACAACUGGAGGUCGUGUGUUUGGAUGAUCAAAGUUCCAUCUCAGAUGAAGACCCUGUAACUAAAGUGGGUGGUGAUGAAAGUUGCAGUUUAGAUGAACUUCCUGAAACCCUCAUAGGACAAAAUGUUGCAGAACAGGAUUUCCAUCCAGAAACAUCCAGCUCAGGUGAAUUUGAAACAGGGAGAGUCAGAAAGAAAAGCCAGUCCAAGCAAAGGAAGGAGGAAAAUGUAGGGUCAUCUCUAGGUCCAGGUGGAGCAGUGAGCCAAGACAUGUUACCACAUGCAGUUAUUGAGGCAAAAGAAGCUAUGGAGGGAGCUGAAGAGCUAUCUGAAGGUGCUGGAAAUAGUGAGCUUUUGAUAGAUUUUGCAGAGUCCUUCAACACAACUCCAAAGUCGCCAUCAUUGUAUCUUCCACGUGUUCCAUAUGUGGAAGAGGCUUUAAUUACAUACAGCGAGGACAAUCUACUGGGAGAAGGGACAUUUGGCAAGGUAUAUAGAGGUUCUUUUCAUGGUACUCCAGCAGCUGUUAAAAGGAUCGUGUGUGGCCAACAAGGGAUGGAGGACAGCGACAUUCAUCAUGAGAUAAAUGUUUCACUGAGACUGUCUCACCCCAACAUCGUCAGACUAAUGGCAGUUGCCCGCACUGAGUCCUGCUUUUUGUUGGCAGCUGAAUACAUUCAUGGCGCAACCCUGCAGCAAGUGCUUCACACAGACAGCUGCUUGGUGAAGCUUGAAGGGGAUGAUGCCGGUUUCAUAUCACUGGACUUAUCCAUGGCAGUAGAGUACAUCCAUGCACAGAGAAUCAUUCACCAGGAUAUAAAGCCAGCAAAUGUCAUGGUUCACCACCCUUCUAAGAAGGCAGUCCUGACAGACUGGGGCAUGGCAAACAUAAGAGACACUGUGAUGCUUCGUCAAGGGAGUAAGUUCACUGCCCAGGUUAUUGGUCCAGCUGGUGGCACAUAUCUUUACAUGGCUCCUGAAUGCAUACUGAUGUUUGAAGAGGCCUCGUUCCAGACAGACAUGUGGUCCCUCGGAGCCACAUAUCUGGAGAUCCUGACGGGGUCCGCUCCGUGGACUGUUAAAAAACAAAGAGAACUGGCUGCACUAAUGGCCACCAAAACCCCACCACAUGCCCUAUCACAUCUCAGUGACAAACACAGUUUUCUUGGUGGUUUGGUGAGCUAUGACCCAGACUCAAGGCCUUCCGCAUCUGAUGUUGUUAAGUUUCUCAAGUCAGGCCUUGAUCUUACAAGCCGAUAUGGCUACAAGUGGUAAUGUUGCUACAGUCUGCAGUUCAAAAGUCUUUCAAUGUUAAUUAUGUUAUACAUUAGGGUUAACAAAAGUUGUGUUAAAUGAAACACUGAAUCAUUAUGAAAGAUGGCACCUUGUCAAUUGUUUUUCAACAUUUUAUUGUACAUUUUGUUGGUCAGACAGUUUUCAAAUUACCUGUUGAUUGUAAACAAGGAUAAAUAAAUGUUAACAAACAA